AUGGCGACCCCACCAAAACAUUUCGAUAUAACCGACGCCCAAGACAAAUCCAACCCACCCUCACCACCACCACUGGUCACCCUUCCAGACCUCAAAGGCUCAGGCAUAUCUCCUACACUGUGGUAUCGAAUCCACGUCCUCAUCUUCGAUCUGAAGAAUUUCGAUAACGCCUCAUCCAAGAAGCGUCUGGAUAAAGUCACAGACCCAUCUUACAUCGGGGAACCAUACUUCACCAUAGAAGAAGCCAAAAAGAUUAAGCAGACUAUGAUUGAUGCCAAUGGAAAGACAUUCUCAGAAGCGCUAGUGGAAGGCUUGAAUGACCGACUGGAACGGCGGAACAAGAAGCGUAUUCAGAGUGGCGACUUUCGAGUUUGUGCGGCACACGAUCUUGCUCCACUCAUGGCAAGUGCGCUGGGUAUUGAUCUUAAGCAGAUGGAGAAGGACAAGAACUUUGCAAGGAUGAUUGAAAUAAAGGGACUAAAUUUGCGUGGAGAAAUCUGGGGCGGGCUAAAAAAGAAAUCUUUUUCGCCGAAGAAUAAGAGACGAUAA